AUGAGCCUGCUGUCGGCCAUCGACACCAGCGCCUCGGUGUACCAGCCGGCCCAGUUGCUCAACUGGGUCUACCUGUCGCUGCAGGACACGCACCAGGCGAGCGCCUUCGAUGCCUUUCGGCCCGAGCCGCCCGCCGGCGCCGCGCCCCCGGAGCUGGCCUUCGGCAAGGGCCGCCCGGAGCAGCUGGGCUCGCCCCUGCACUCCAGCUAUCUCAACAGCUUCUUCCAGCUGCAGCGCGGAGAGGCCCUGAGCAGCAGCGUGUACAAGAGUGCCUCGCCCUACGGCUCCCUCAACAACAUCGCCGAUGGCCUCAGCUCCCUCACCGAGCACUUCUCUGACCUGACCCUGACCUCUGAGACCCGGAAGCCCAGCAAGAGGCCGCCGCCCAAUUACCUGUGCCACCUGUGCUUCAACAAAGGACACUACAUCAAGGACUGCCCCCAGGCCCGCCCCAAAGGCGAGGGUCUGACCCCAUACCAGGGCAAGAAGCGCUGCUUCGGCGAGUACAAGUGCCCCAAGUGCAAGCGAAAAUGGAUGAGCGGGAACUCCUGGGCCAACAUGGGGCAGGAGUGCAUCAAGUGCCACAUCAACGUGUACCCGCACAAGCAGAGGCCCCUGGAGAAGCCUGACGGCCUGGACGUGUCCGACCAGAGCAAGGAGCACCCGCAGCACCUGUGCGAGAAGUGCAAGGUGCUGGGCUACUACUGCCGCCGAGUGCAAUGA